AUGGAACAUGUUAAUGAUUAUAACUGGAUAGGACUUCCAAGAUACAGUAGCGAAUAUAAAGAAGGGAUAAAAGCAUUUGUGGAAAAGGCAUUUGUAGGUGAUUCAGAUGCCCCUCAUAUUGAGAGUUCCGAUUCCGAACAUUCAUUUAUAGAUUCUGAUGAUGAAUGUGGUGAAACUGAUGAGGACAGUCUACAUGAAUUUGGUACUGCAGGGGAAUCUCUAUAUCCCAAAGUUCCCGCCCCUAGAGUAGCUGUCACUCCUAGUGGUGAUAAAGUCUGGAUUCCAUCUUGCGACGAUGUAUAUAAACCACGCACAAACCAGCACUUUCAAACACUAGAAGAUGCCUUUAUAUUUUAUCGGGAAUAUGGGCGGCAAGGUGGAUUUGAUGUUCGUAAGUCCGGACAAAAAUCCAAUAGAAGUGGUAAUGUGGUGUCCAAGAAAAUUAUGUGUAACUGCGGUGGUACUCCUGAUCCUGGCAAAUCAAAACUUAAAGAUGACAUGGCUGCAGAGAGUUCGCAAGUUAGAAAAACCACGUCCCGUAGAUGUGAGUGUGAAGCUCACAUCGUUUUGAAAGCUGCAGGAUUAAGGGGUUUUGUUAUUAUGAGUUUUGUGGAAGAUCAUAAUCAUCCUUUAGCAGUUGGAGCGGAAAAUAUGUUUUUGAGAUGUAAUCGUAAAGUAUCCAAGAGUCAGCAAAAUUUUAUUAUGGAUUGUUCUCGAGCGAAGAUUGGUGCAACACGAGCUUAUAAUUUAGCCAAGGAGAUGGUUGGCUCAUACGAGAACGUUGGUGCUACAGUUUCGGACUUCAAGAAUUUUGCACGAGAUGUAAAACUAGGAAUUGGAGAGAAUGAUGCUAGUUUGAUUAUCGACAAAUUUAAACUAAGAAGGAAGUUAUCCAAAGAUAAAUUUUAUUAUGACUACAAGACGGAUCGAGAAGGGCAUUUGACAGGAUUGUUUUGGACGGAUGCAAUAAGCCAAGCUAAUUAUGAGAUAUUCGGCGACAUUGUUUCAUUUGAUCCUACGUUCCGCACGAACAAAUAUAACAUGGUUUUUGUGCCAUUUACCGGGGUCGACAAUCACUGGAAAAAUGUCACCUUUGGAGCCUCUCUAAUUGCAAAGGAGGAUUACAAGAACUUCAAAUGGUUGAUUAAUACGUUUAAGCGUGCAAUGGGUCAUGCACCCACAUGUGCCAUUACAGACCAAUGUCCUGCGAUUAAGAAGGCGCUGCAGAUAAGCUGGCCUCAUACAAAGCACAGAUUGUGUAUGUGGCAUAUCAUGAACAAACUACCUUCAAAGCUUGGCCCUAGACGUGCUACGGAUAAAGUUUUUAUGUCCAAAUUGAAGUCUGUUGUUUAUUCGGACCAGUCUUCUCCUUUAGAAUUUGAAGAAGGAUGGAGCUCAGUUAUAUCAGAGUAUAAAUGGCAAGAUAACAAAUGGAUGUCUGAUAUGUUUAGAAGGCGGAAGAGUUGGAUUCCCGCAUACUUUUCAGACAUUGAUAUGGCAGGCUUGUUACGCACCACGUCGAGGUAUGAAAGCUCUAAUUCCUUUUUCCAACACUUUCAUGAGCGUGGAGACACCCUGGUUGAGUUUUAUUCUAGCUUUGAGAGUGCCAUGGACAAACAAAGAAUCCGUACAGUAGAAGAUGACAAGAAUUCACGCAAGACACCAAGGAUGGAGACUCCAUUACGGAUUGAAAAAGAUGCUGCACGUGUGUACACGUUGGCUCUCUACUACCGUGUUAGGGAAGAAAUAAAAAAUGCUUGUUUUCAUACAAGCAUGCCAGAGAUCACACAAACCGAUGAUUCACGGGUUUUUAUGUGCAAAGAUGAAAUACUCAAUGGCAAAAUAUUUCAGGUAUCUGUCAAGCGGAGUACUAAUGAUGUCGAGUGUAGUUGUAAGUUUUUUAACCGAUAUGGAUAUUUGUGCUGUCAUGCCUUUGCGGCACUGCAGCAAUGUGGCAUUCAUACCAUCCCACGUCAAUUCAUAAAAGCCAGGUGGACAAAAGAUGCAUUGAAAAAUCAUACCUCCAUAGGCUCGCUUGAAACUCCAUCAAAUUGUGACAAGCCUGAACGGACAAAAAUCAAGCUUACCAGAGCAUGGUUCGAGUUCGAGAGCUGUUUAGACUUGGUUGGCGACGACGAGGACAAGUUGGAUAUGGUGAGGUUACUGUUGCGAGAUAUGGAAUCAAAGUUGCAGAAUGAUUCUGAACAGGACGGCGAACCAGGUCAGGCACACCGUGCUGAUGCAUUUAUAGGUCCUUUACCCCUUAAUGAGGAAGGCCUUCGGAAUCCCAAUAUCAGCAAGAACAAAGGUUCUGGCUCGCGCAUUAAAAGUACUCGAGAGAUUUUUAUUCAGUCUAAGGGACAACGUACAUGCAGCAUUUGUAAUAAAACCGAAGGACACAAUGCGCGCACGUGCCCCACUCUAAAGAAAUAG